GGAGGGAGUGACUGUCAGUGAGGCUGGAGGAUGACAGAUGGUCGCUGGUAGCAGCAGACAGCUCAUCACCGACAGUUUUGCAGCCAUGACGUGCAUCCACCCCCAGUUUGGAUCUCAGUUCUAUGAGAACAGCGUCAACGGCUCCGAGCUCCAGACUCUAGACUUCUACUCUAGACUGACUGUGGACCAGAACAGCAGCCCGCGGGACCACCUCUCAGCAUCGUCCCUGCCUAGCAUCGGCUCCCUGGUGGGAACACCUGCAGGAAACUUUGAUGCAUACUCGUGCCAGUUCACGACAGCCCCUGCUCACGUAACCCCGGCCUCAGGCCAGGACAGCCCCUUCCCACUGGAUGAACCUCAAGUUUACGGCUGUUACACGGGACCGUUUAUGCUGAGUUAUCUUGACGAGACCAGUGGGUCAGACUAUUUUGGCAGCCCGGCUUCAGAAUCAUCUCCUUCAACGCCCGGGUACCAGACUCAGCAUGUGUCUAACUGGGAUUCAGCUUAUGGGACAUUCUCUACCAGCCCUGGAUUCUGGAUGCCCGAGGACACCUCUGUACCACACACACCAUCUUUUUUCACGUUCGGAUCAGGAUCUGUGGAGGACGUGCCUCAUUUGGGUCAACAACUUUUGCGAGAGCAGGAAUCUUUUGCCGUGGCUCAUCCUCACGUCUCUGCCUUAACCGCCCCCUCCAUGGCAAUGGAGCAAGCAUGUGGUCUUGAUGGCACCAAACAGCUGGACGGAAGCUCAUCGCCCAAGUUAAAGAGUGGAAGUGAGGGCAGCUGUGCCGUGUGUGGAGACCAUGCCUCCUGUCAGCACUAUGGGGUUCGCACCUGUGAGGGCUGCAAAGGAUUUUUCAAGCGCACAGUCCAGAAAAAUUCCAAGUAUGUCUGCCUCGCUAACAAAGACUGUCCUGUAGAUAAGAAGAGACGAAACCGAUGCCAGUUCUGCCGCUUCCAGAAGUGUCUCACAGUGGGGAUGGUCAAAGAAGUUGUGAGAACAGAUAGUCUGAAAGGACGAAGGGGUCGUCUACCUUCAAAGCCUAAAAUCGCCCGCGAUCUGACAACCACUGCGUCUCCGGUGAGCCUGAUCUCUUCUCUUGUGAGGGCCAACAUUGAGUCAAAUCCCAACGAUGUGUUGCUGGAUUAUUCUAAGUAUUUUGAAAAGGAAGUCAGCUUAGACCAGAAGGAGGAUGUCGGUGACAUCAGACAGUUUUAUGACCUCCUCACAGCCUCCUUUGAGGUCAUCAGGAAGUGGGCGAAACAUGUCCCGGGUUUCUCUGAUUUCUGCUCCGAGGAUCAGGAACUCCUGCUGGAAUCUGCAUUAGUUGAACUCUUCAUCCUGCGUCUUGCAUAUCGGUCUGAUCCUGAGAUGAAGAAGCUCAUCUUCUGUGACGGGACUGUCCUUCACAGAACUCAGUGUGUCCGAGGCUUCGGGGACUGGAUCGACUCCAUCUUGGAGUUUUCUCGAAGUCUUCAUCGUAUGAAGCUGAGUGACUCCUCCUUCGUCUGUCUCACAGCUCUGGUCACGAUCACUGACAGGCAUGGUCUUAAAGAGCCGAGGCGCGUGGAGGACUUGCAGAGCCAGCUCAUCACCUGCCUUAAAGACCAGGUUUCUGCCUGUGCCUCUGAGUUCCUGCAGCCCAAUUACCUGUCCAGACUUCUGGGGAAGCUGCCUGAGCUCAGGACUCUGUGCACCCAAGGCCUGCAGCGCCUCUUUUACCUGAAAAUGGAGGACCUUUUACCCCAGCCUCCAAUUGUGGAGAAAAUCCUAAUGGACACGCUACCGUUUUAAAGACGGACAAUGUGAGGAAUCUGUGAAUGUAAAAAUCUGGAGUUUAUUUGGGAGCCAAAGAGAAAAGACUUGGUGCUCGUACUCCAGAUGAACAAAAUGAAACUGCAAAGUUGUGAAGAGUUAAAAUCCUGAGGGAUUCUGCAGCAUGAAAAAUGCUACUUCUGUGUAAGAAGGUGAAUCAUAUUGUUAAUGACAAAGUAUCUGGAUCCAGUACACAAAGCUCAUUUUAGUUGACGUUCUGGAAAACUGUAGUCAAGCUGAAUUAGAAAGGUCCUUCAGCGGGGCCACACAGUGACUGUUUACAUUGAACAACACAUCAUGAAUGGAGGGACGAUGACUCCUGUCACUCACAAUUUGACUCCUAUUAAUAUCUGAACCUUGUUUUGGGUAGAAGUACAUAAUACAGUCUGGUACUUACACUGGUAGGUACCAUGUACAUACCUGGUACUUAUCUGAUCAUAAUCGGGUAUAUGCUUGGUACUUUCAGGUACCCAGUAAUUACCCUGUUCU